AUGAAAGGUACAAAGCAGGGCGGAAAGCCCCUCCGAGGGACGGAGCAUUCACCACUUGCGUUACUGCGGCGUAGCUGCCCGGAUUUUCUCUCGGCCAUCGCAAGCGUAAAGGAGCCUUCAGCGAAGAAGAGCUCCACUGGGACUCGCGGUGGUGCCCCAAAGUUUGCUCAGGAUGUUGAUGCCACGAUGCCACUGCAUUGUCUGCGAACUGGAGCGAGUGGAGCGGCUUGGGCAAAUGUGGAUGGGUUGUUCAACUUGCAAGCUGACUCCGCAGAUGCUUCCCCUACGGCCCUAGAUGGCCUGACAGAGGGCGUGCAGGAUAAAAAUCCGAGUACAAGGCCUACCAAAAAGAGACGCAGGGAUGGCGUAACUCCUUUGACAGCUAUAGUAGCACCAGCUCCACCGUCCUCUGCCGCCUCUGCCUCAAAUUGGACAGAGGACAGCAGCAUCAACGCCCCCACCUCUGCAGGUAGUAGUAGUCGCGGUAGGAGAGCUUUAUCUGAGUCAUCUCGCCGCUUCUUGCGGGAGGCGUUGGUGAGUUACAGCAGGAGAGAUGAUGAUGCCAUUCCUGAUGAGCUUGUGGCAAACCUUGACGGAAUGACUUUUUUUCAACUCCUGCAACAGUGCAGCGGCGAUGUGUGUGUCUCCCUGGAGCGCACCGAAGAGGGCUCCGAUGAGAAGGAUGGCUUGAACUACAGUACACCUCCUCUUUCAACUACGACAAACUCCUCCUCCUCGCUAAACGGUGGCGGGAACGUGCCAAUUGGACGACUCUCAAAGCGUGAUCUUCAGGCUCAGUUAUCGGCAGCACUGGCGUGGGCAUCAUAUGCAGUGCACAGUGUGGAUGGAGAUGAAGAUGAAGAUGACGAUGACGAUGAAGAUGAAGAUGAUGAUGAUGAUGGUGGUGUGACGGUACGAUUGCCGCGCGCAAUUCUUGAGACAGCCUCGCAGAUUGAUCAUCCCUCCGUGGUGUUUGAGCUUUUGCAGUGCAAGGACGCCAAAGAACGAGGUUCGGACGCCGCGGGACGCGGCGGCAAGACAGGCAACGCUGAUGCAAGUGACGACAAUGACGACAAUGACGACAGCGAGGACGAGGAUGAAGAGGAGUACGAAGAAGGUCGCUCCUUCCACGAUGAAGACUUGGAUGACCUCAAGGAGACGACGGAAAAGGUCAGCCGGCUGAGUUUAAACACGAUGAAAAAGUUGGCCACCUGGUGGAGCAUACAUCUUGAAGAUGAGAAGGAGGAGCUUUGCCGCAUGACGAUCACAGAGCACCUUCGUCUGCUUGCCUUUACAAUUUGUGCCAUUGUCUCGAAUAAGUUGGAACCGCAGGCGCCAAUGCCUUUUGCUUUUGGCGCCAACCGGCGUCAAGACGGAAACAACGCCAAUAAUCCUAGUUUGGACAACGCGAAAGCGCUUGCGGAGGCGGCAGACAGUGCUUUGGGCGCUGGCGUGGGAGGUGUGAUGCUGCAGCGAGGGGAUGAUCAGGAUGGCCGCGUGCGUGGUCUUCUCUCCCUGCGACACGACAUCUGCACACUGAGUGCGGAGCACCUUCGGUAUUUUGCCAACGCCUUUGGCUUCCUGGACCGCUGCUGGUCUCCGGAGGACAUAUUUAUGGCUAUCUCUGCCGCCAGUGUGAUGACGUUUUUCUCACCCCUGCCAACCCCCUUGCUGGAGAAAGUUUGCCAUGAGCUCUCAAUCUCUACCGUGCACGAGGACACGGACUUGGCCGACAUCCACCAACUUCCCGAGCUACUAGCGGAGAAAAUAAGCCACUACUUCUAUCCCCCACGCCACGCUGUGCCAUCUAUUUCGAAGCUCUCAUUUAUGCCACAGAUGCAAAUACACGAGCACGCUCCUGGGCGCUACACCUGCACAGUGGAUAGCGCCAAAAUCAUGAAGGUAAUGGUGCUGCAGCGAUUGGUGAGUAAUCGCUUUAGCUGCAACAAGAUCCGUUGGCAUGCACUGCUGACUGUGGUAGAUGACAAGCUGAGUUUUUACGUUUGGCAUCGUCACACAGACUCCCUCACUGCUCACAUGAUUGUUCGGACGCAAGACCCCAAGAAGAAACGGAAGAAUAAUGUAACCAACGGGGGCGACAACAAUAACAAAAACAGGAGCAAUGCCGUUUCCCCAAGCCCAGAGGUAACGCUGAAGGAAAGUUCCGCGUUGUUUCUGGAACAAGAGGUGGAGGCCGCACCUGGGGAAUUGAUAGGUUUCGAGAGCUUUGUCUCGCUGACGGUGGCGCUGCAAAGUUCUACCAUGUCACAGUCCGGGUACCGGCUUUACAACCGUGCGGAGGAUCGACUCGUUUUUCAGUACGCCAUGGACUUAACGACCUCCAAAGGUCCGCCACUAGCGGAAGAUGGGGGAAAGAAGUUGAACACCAAUCAUCAAAACGGCAAGGGCUCCCUUGCGAAGCGGGGAUUCGACAACAACGUGGACCAAAGCACAGGAGGUCAGCAGACGACAGCCGAUUCUGUUGCUGCAGCGAUGACAGAAGAAAAUGAGAGGCGCCGCAAAGAACUGGAAAAACUUGUGGUCAAGCUUGAAAAGCACGAGUCGCAGCAACGCGACACCAUCGAGCUGACGUGGAACAGUGGUUACCGCCAGUUACUGAACGAGCAUGGCAAAUCCUACCAGAAGGCUCUGCAGAAGAAGAAGGACCGUGAACGUAAGAUGCUGCUUGCCAAGGCUGGCCCCAGCCCUGAGCUGCUGCGUGAGUUGGAUACGCUCACUCAAACGGUGACUACGAACCGGGCACAGGUCGCAAAGUUGGCAACAGAAAAGUCCAAAGAAGAAGCUUCCAUUAAAAAGUUUCAGGAACAGAUUGAGGACGGCAACCGUGAAAUGGAGCAGCUACACCAGCAGCUCAAGAGUGGCAAUGAGCUACUGUCAACCUUGGAGGCUGAGGCAGCGGCAUGUGCCGCACAGCGGAAGGAGCGCCAAGAGCUGAAGCGCCGAAAACAGCGAGAUUUGGCGGCAGCACUGCGCAUUCCAGAGCUUUCUUCGACUCGUCAUGAGACGUUGGCCAUUAAUGACCUUCAGUCAUUCUGGGCUCCGUCAUCCACGAGCGGCGGAACCCCGCAGCUGUUUCCGACGUUCAUGACACCAACACGUCCCUCUCCACAAUGCUCACCACCGUUACUAGCAGCUGCGGCACACGGUGUAAGUCCUGAUGCCAAUUCUAUUCUUGGUGGAGGCGCUGCUGCUGCUUCUGGUAAUGGUUCCUCAAUUCCUCUGCCACGCUCUGCUGUGGGAAGCUGCGGUGGGGCUUUUUCGCCUGCGUUGCAGCCUUCCGCCGCGGGAGUGAUGGGAGUAGGUCUGUCGACAUGGGGAUCGCUGACCGAUCCACUAUCGUUCAGUGCGGGCGUACAGUGUGGAGACACAUUGAACGCUUUUGAUAGUUCAUCGACUACCGCUCUCUUUUCUGCACAACCACCGCCACUGCAGCUGACAGAUACGUCAGCGCAUCUUGCCGGUGCGGAUGUCGCUGUAGGGGUAGGCACAGGAGUCGGAUCAGGGCUGAGUGGCGGUUUUACUGUCACUGCUCCCUUUACCACUGGCGGUGCAGUGGCGCGCUUUACUCUUGACGCCAAUGCCUGCCCCUUUACUCCAACGUCACUGGUGCCAGGGCAAACUUCUGGCAACACGGUAACCCAUCCAUCCUUCGCUGUUAAAGCUGGUCCCGGACAUGUUUCGGGCAAGUCACCACUCUCGACGUCCCCCAUGACAGGCAUUUCUGGAAGCAGCCCUGUUAUUUCAGGAGGCGCGUUCCCUGAGAGGCCACGAUACACUUCCGUUUCGAGGCCUAUGUCUGGAGGCAUGGCUAACGCUGGAGCCUUUCCAAACGACGCGCCUCAGAGCACCGCGUCGCUUUUUGCUCUACCUGGACUGGCAAGUGGAUCAGGGACGCAACCGCAACCCAAUACCAAGGGCCUUUCACUCAACUUCACAACAGCCCCGUGGAACUAA